AAGAAAAAAGAAAAUGUCGACACAUUUGGAUUCAUUUUUCCAUUAUCUUUCAUUGUUCUCCUCUCUUCUGUUAUCUCUUCAUUUUCAACGCAGACACUUUACAACUUCAUUUUUAUUCAUUCUUCGAUCCUGUUCUUUUUUCUUUCUCAUUGAUCGGACAGACACAGAUAGUCAGACAAAAUGUCUUCUCCGAGCAAGAGACGAGAUAUGGAUGUCAUGAAACUAAUGAUGAGUGACUACAUUGUGGAGCCCAUAAACGACGGCAUCAACGAGUUCAAUGUGGAGUUUCAUGGCCCAAAAGAAAGUCCUUACGAAGGUGGAUUUUGGAAAGUUCGUGUCGAACUUCCGGAUGCUUAUCCUUACAAAUCUCCUUCCAUUGGCUUUGUCAACAAAAUUUUCCACCCAAAUGUCGAUGAACUUUCUGGUUCUGUAUGCUUGGAUGUCAUUAACCAGUCAUGGAGUCCGAUGUUUGAUUUGUUGAACAUCUUUGAGGUUUUCCUACCACAGCUUCUACUCUACCCGAACCCAUUGGACCCACUAAACGGGGAUGCAGCAUCUCUUAUGAUGAAAGAUAAAACCCAAUACGAUCUAAAAGUCAAAGAGUAUUGUGAGCGGUAUGCGAAGAAGGAGCACAUUAAUAAUACAUUAACAGACGAAAGUGACGGUGAUGUAAGCGAUAACGAUGCUUAUAGUGACGGAAGGAGUGAGAGUGAAGAUGACGUGGCGGGUCGGGCCGAUCCGUAGAAUGGCAAAUUGUUUUCUUUUUUUUUUCUUUCUCAUCUGUUAUAUUUUGUAUUAUUUAUGAUUUUACAGUGUUGUGUAAAUUAGUAUUAUUAAUGGCAGCUUUAGGGACUAGAUACUGUGAAAUCCCCUGUACUAAAUUCGAUUUCCGUUCAAGUUAUUACCGAACUCAAAACAGCCGGUAAAAAAAAAAUGUAAUAUUUUUACUGGCUGAUGAUGGCUUUAUCAAAUUCUCUUUGAAUUAAUGGGAUUUUAUAUACAUUUGUAACAACUAUUUA